AGUUAAAAAUAAUGAAAAUGAUAAAUCAUAACUAGAAGAGAUUGCUGAUCAACCUGAAGUGAUUUAAGAAGAAGAUGAAGAAGAAGAAGAUAGAGAGAUGUCAGAGGAAGAAGCUAAGAAUGCAGCAAUCUAUAAAUGGGCUAAAGAAAUACAUGAUUAUAACAUUGAUAAUACUGAAGAGUUAAUUUUUAAGGCUGUCUCUAAUUUUAAACCACUUUAAUCAAAAGAAGAAUCUAGAUCAACUUUAGCACAUAAAGAUGGUGGUAAAGUAUGCAAGAAUAAAAAAUUAAUAAGAACAUUAAGAGCUAUUGGUAAAGAAUUGAUCAAAUAAAUUGGUAAACAAAUUUUAUCUGGUAAUUUAAAUUUAACAACUAUUUCUUUCCCUAUCAAAGCUAUGAUACCUAAAUCAGCACUUGAAAAAGUAUUAAUGUCUAGUUGUCUAUUUCCACUAUAUAUAAAUAGAGCAGUUCUUGAAUAAGAUCCUAUUGAAAGAGUAAAUUAUUUAAUACUAUUUUUAGAUGAAGUUAAUUAUUUGUGCUACUUUAGGUAAUUUCUAUUUGAAUUGUUCAUUUCUUAAACCACUUAAUCCUAUCUUAGGUGAAACUAUAUCUGGUUUCUAUUAAGAUGGAACUACUGCAUAUGUAGAAUAAAUCUCUCAUCAUCCUCCCAUUAGUUAUUUUCUUACUAUUGGUCCUAAAAAUAGUUAUAAAUUUUAUGGAUAUUAUAACUAUGAAGCUAAAGCAGGAGUCAAUUCACUCUCUUUAAAAAAUAAAGGUAAAAGGUUUUUACAAUUUGCAAAUGGAGAAAUUAUUGAAUAUAAUUUUGCAGGUGAAGAAUAUAGUGGUAGCUUUUGGGGACCUAUGAAAGUUGAAUGCAAAGGUAAAAUUACUUUCAUAGAUAAAAAAAAUGAUAUUUCUGCUUGUGUUGAAUUAGAUAGCGUUAGAUGGAAAGCUUCAGAUUAUCUCUCUGGAGAAAUCAAAAAAACAGGUAAAAAAGUAUGCAAAAUAUAUGGAUCAUAUAUGGGAUAUAUUGAAUUUGCAGAAGUAAGAUAUUGGGAUGUCAAUUAUAUACAUCCAUACGAAUGCAAAGUCUUUAAACCUAAUCCAUUACUACUAAGUGAUGCAUCAUUUAGACCUGGUAUUAUUAAUUUUUAUUUUAGAUUUAAGAUAACUUAAACGUAAUAAAGUAUUAGAAGCAUAAAAAGAAAAAGAUGAUCUGGAAAUGCAAUAAAGAUAGGAUGCUAAACUUAGAAAACCUAAAAAAUGAUUUUCACUGAAUUAUUGUUAUUCAUAUUUAUGCAAAC